AUGAGUGGUGGUUGGUCUACUAUCGAAUCUGACGCAGGAGUCUUUACAUUUCUUCUCGAUAACCUCGGGGUCAAAGAUGUACAAUUCGAAGAACUGAUCGCGCUCGAUUCUGAUUAUCUCCGCCAACUUUCUCCCAUUUAUGGCGUCAUCUUUCUCUUCAAAUAUCCCGUCGGUGAAGCCCCCAAUAAAGAUGGCACACCCAAAGAUGGUUCCUACGAUUAUCCCGCUGCGGAGAAUCUCUUUUUCGCGGCACAAACUAUACAAAAUGCUUGUGGCACCCAAGCACUCCUCUCGGUCCUCCUGAAUAAAGAUGGAGAAAUAGAUGUUGGCACUCCCCUUCGCGAAUUCAAAGACUUCACAGCGGGGUUCCCGGCCGAAUUCAGAGGAGACGCGCUCAGUAAUAGCGAUUUGAUUAGAGAUGUUCAUAACAGUUUCGCUAGGUCAAGUCCGUUUGUUGACGAGACGCAACGAUCGUCGAGAGAUGAGGAUGGAGAUGUUUAUCAUUUCAUUGCUUAUACGUCUAUAAAUGGUACGCUCUAUGAAUUAGAUGGUCUACAACCUGCGCCUAUAUCUCAUGGAGCGUCGACUGUUGAAGAAUUCCCAGAGAAGGUUAUACCAGUUUUACAGAGGAGAAUAGAAAGAUAUCCAGCGACGGAGAUACGAUUUAAUCUACUGGCGAUGGUAAAGGAUUUGAGGGUUAGGGCGAGGGAAAUGGGUGACGUGGAGUUGUUGAUGAGAGAGGAACAGAAGAGAAAUGAGUGGCAAUUCGAAAAUGCUUUACGAAGACAUAAUUUUGUAGGAUUUGCAGGGGAAGUAUUGAAGGGUGUAAUAGGGGAUAAAUUGAAAGAGGGACCUAAGGCAUAUGAAGAAUGGGUGGAACAAGCGAAAAAUAAGACAAAGGCGAGAGCGGAGGAGCAGAAGAAAGGUGGUGGAGAUGGGGACUUAGAGAUGUCUGGUUGA